AUGGCUAGCAGUGAAGGAAUGAUCGGCAAAUGGCCAAAGGCUGCAAAGACCAUUAUUAAUCAUUUGUCAGCGGAGGAGAAGGAGGAAGCCCAAGCCAUGGCAGAGAAGUGGGACAAUGAGGCGGCACCACCCGAAGUCCAGGCCCAGGUCACUGAGACCAAAGGAGCCAACAUGAUUGAGCAUUUUGCCAUGGAAAUGUUCAAGAAAGCCAGUAUGAGAGUCUUUGUGCUGUCCGCAUGGAAGAACAGGAAAGGCAAACUGAUGUUGGGAGGCCAUGACUUCAAUGAUCAAUUUGCAAACGGCAAAAGCUUUAUGAAGACAAGGAAAUUCAAAGAACCAUCCAAAAUGGAUAAAGCAGACGCAACUACCCUUUUGGAAUUCUGGUUCACCUGCCAAGAAAACAAUAUUCAACCACCAUUUGCAUUCAAGGCAUGGCAAGAUUCUGAUGGCGAGAUCCAUGAGGCAGCUGUACACCCAUCGCUGGAACAUCAGCGCUAUUGUGGGAGUGGCAAACUAAUGCCAAAGGACAUAGCCAAUCGCCAUCACUCAGUCAGUUUGAACGACCCAGGGAGGAAUUCUGACACAGGCGCUGGCAGCGAUGAGCUGUCAAGUUCAAACGGUGAGGGUGCACUGUCCAUCAGUGAGAGGGAAAGUAUUUCCCCACCUCGCCCAACCAGGCCGCUGAAGGAUCUUCAACUCAGCUGA